CAGAGCUGCCACUGAGGACAAGAGUGUGACCAGAUUAGGAGAAGUAUCUAUAAUGUCCUCUUUAGGUAAUAUGUUGCCAGAAAAACAGCUGCAUUGCACCAUCUGUCAGCAAGUGUUCACCGAACCAGUGACCACUCCCUGUGGACACAACUUUUGCCAGGCCUGCAUCCAUAGUUUGUGGGACAGCAGUGAUGUCUGCCAGUGCCCCACCUGUAACAGACCAUUCACCUCUCAGCCUGAAAUAAGUAUCAACACGGCCUUCAAAGAUCUGGUGGAUGCAUUUAGAAAAAUGAUAGUUGGCUCGUCGGCUUUGCCGCUGCCUGCAGCCAGACCUGGUGAGGUGGUGUGUGACGUCUGCGCUGCCACGUCCCUGCAGGUGAAGGCCCUGAAGUCCUGCCUGGUGUGUCUGACCUCGUACUGCGAUGCCCACCUGGAGCCUCACCACAGGGUUGCGACCUUGAAGCUGCACAAGCUGAUUGAUCCGGCGAUGAACCUGCAGGACAGGAUGUGUAAGAAGCACGAGAGGUUGCUGGAGAUGUUUUGUAAGGACGAACAAAAGUGUGUGUGCCGGUUCUGCACUGAGACUGAGCACAAAGACCACCAGGCUGUCGGAAUAGAGGACGAGAGUGGGGAGAGGAAGGUCCAGAUGAAGAAGACUGAAGCAGAUUUUCAGCAGAUGAUCCAAGAGCGACUGAGGACAGUGGAGGAGAUCCAGAGCUGGCUGAAGGUGAGCCUGAUGAGUGCAGAGAAGGAGCUGAAGGAGAGCGACCAUCUCUUUACGUCUUUGAUUCGCUCCAUCGAGGAGAGACAAACUGAAGUCAAUGCAGAGAUCACCGAGAAGCAGAAAGCAGUAGAAAGGAGGGCCGAGGAGAUAAUCAGUGAGCUGCAGCAGGAAAUUACUGAGCUGCAGAGGAGAAACACUGAGCUGGAGGAACUGAGAAACACUGAGGACCACCUGCACCUCUUACAGAGGUUGCCCUUUCUUAUGUCACCUCCGCUCACCAGAGAAUGGAUGGAGUUCAGUAUCCACCCUGAACUCUGUGUGGGGACGAUGAGGAGAGCGCUGUCUAAAGUGGAAAGCAUCCUAGAGAGUGAGCUGGACAGACUGAAGAAGGAAGAGCUGAAGAGGAUGCAGAAGUAUGCAGUUGAUGUGGUGUUAGACCCAGAUACCGCCCAUCCAAACAUCGUCCUGUCACCUGAUGGGAAGCAGGCAGGGCGUGGCGAGCUGCUGCACGUUGUUCCUGACAACCCCCAACGCUUUGACCCGGUCAUUUGCGUUCUGGGAAAGACAGGCUUCCUGUCUGGGCGGUUCUACUUCCAGGUCACAGUGGGGUCAAAGACCUACUGGGACCUGGGAGUAGUGAAGGAGUCUGUCAACAGGAAGGGGAUGAUCACCUCCAAGCCAAAAAACGGCUUUUGGACGGUGCGGCUGAGGAAUGGGGAUGAGUAUAGAGCUCUGGAAUCUCCCUCCAUACUUCUUUCUCUGAAGGAGAAGCCACAAACUGUUGGGGUGUUUACGGAUUACGAGGAGGGAACAGUGUCGUUCUUUGAUGUGGAAAACGAGUCCCACAUCUACACCUUUACUGGGUGUUUGUUCUCUGAGAGGAUCUUCCCCUUUUUAAGCCCGAGUGUCUGUGAUGAAGGAAAAAACAUGGCACCACUGGUUAUCACACCUGUCAGUCACAGCGCUUAGAAGUGUGGAUGAAUUUAAGCCACAAUCUUUUCCUUAACCAGACCAUGUAGUUGUAAUGUGUGAGGCAAGGAGCAAGGAGGAGGAAU